CUCCCGUCCGAUUUGUCUGACACGUGUCAUAUGCCAACUAUAACUUUGAAUGGCCGGUGAAGAGAGAAUCCAUCCCGCGAAAAUACGAAAGCAAAAGCUGCCAUCAGAAAGAAGGAGCAAUUUCGAAUUGAACCGAAGUCCGAAGGUUUUCAUUUUUAGGGUUUCAGCUUCGAAUCGAACGUCAAGUUUUCAUUUUCAGGGUUUUAGAAGUGAAAAUCCGUACAUGAACAAUUUCUGUUUAAAAUGUCGACAAACGGAGACGAGGAGAGCUCGCAAAGAGUUUCCAUGCCGUCGGCCAGGCUUAGGUUAAGAGCGGAUCCUUUCCUGCUGGCCUGUAGAUGCUUCAGCGUCUUGACUUCUUUAACGGCAAUUCUAUGCAUUUCCGUCAAUGUUCUCUCCGCCGUCAGGUCUUUCAAGAAUGAAUCUGACAUUUUCGAUGGGAUCUUUCGGUGUUACGCAGUUGCCAUCGCUUUUUUUGUGGUUAUUGCAGAGACAGAGUGGGAAUUUGUUCUCAAAUUCUGGAAAGUACUGGAGUAUUGGGUUGGCAGGGGCAUGCUGCAGAUUUUUGUUGCUGUGAUGACAAGAGCUUUUCCUGAUGAGAGUGGAGAAAGGAAAGAUCUUGUGCUCCUUCAGAAUAUAGCUAGCUAUCUGCUUCUUGCUUGUGGCCUGGUCUAUGUUAUUUCGGGUAUAUUAUGCAUUGGUUUUCUUAAACGUGCUCGGGAACAAAAAGAAAUCACAAGGGAGCAAGCAGUAAAGGAUUUGGAGGAAUUGGAGCGACGGAGAGAGGAACUUGAAACAUUCCUAGUCUCGGAAAGGACAUGAGUCAGACUUGGAGGGCCGUUUUCAUGGAACAUUCAGCUUUCCAAGCUUGAACCUAGGGAUAAUUAAAAAUUUCAUGUCUUGCAAAACCCUGUUGUAUGGUUCCCAUGUAUGUACAGUAAUCUAUUUUUCUUUUCUUUUUUUUUCCUUUUUUGUUUCAUUUCAGUUAUGGUGAUUGUUUAUGAAAAUUUGAUGCUUCUUUCCA